GUCUCCCUCUGGAAGCGCUCUAGUAGUGCGGGCGGAGUGUAGUGAUCAGUAGAGGGAGGUCAGUGAAUGCUCCAGGCUCCUCGGUGUUGUAUGUCAGUCGUGCUGUCCCAUCUAGCGGUUCUCGGGCGCUCUCUCUCUCCAGUGUAUGACCGGCCCCUGGAAGAGCUGAACGCGGCGAACUACUUCACCAUGGCCGCCCAGUGUGACUCUAUGAGCGGAUACAUGCACCAAUCAGAUCCCGGCUCCAACAGCGAGCGGAGCACAGACUCCCCGGUACCCGGCUCCGAGGACGACUCUCCCGGCCCGGCCGCCCCCCAUGACCCGGAGUGGGCAGAGGAGAGAUUCCGGGUGGAUCGGAAGAAGUUGGAGACUAUGCUACAAGCGGCUGCUGAAGGAAAAGGCAAAAGUGGUGAAGAUUUCUUUCAAAAGAUUAUGGAGGAAACAAAUACACAGAUUGCCUGGCCAUCUAAACUGAAGAUAGGAGCAAAGUCAAAGAAGGAUCCCCACAUUAAAGUAUCUGGGAAGAGAGAGAAUGUAAAAGAAGCAAAGGAACGAAUAAUGUCUGUUUUGGAUACAAAGAGUAACCGUGUCACAUUGAAGAUGGACGUGUCUCACACAGAGCACUCGCAUGUCAUUGGUAAAGGAGGGAACAACAUCAAGAAAGUGAUGGAAGAAACUGGUUGCCACAUCCAUUUUCCGGACUCCAACAGGAAUAAUCAGGCUGAGAAAAGCAACCAGGUAUCCAUUGCAGGACAACCCGCUGGGGUAGAAUCUGCAAGAGUAAGAAUACGGGAAUUGCUACCUUUGGUUCUGAUGUUUGAGUUGCCCAUAGCUGGUAUUUUACAGCCAAUUCCAGACCCAAAUUCUCCCACAAUCCAGCACAUUUCCCAAACCUACAACAUAACGGUUUCUUUCAAGCAGAGGUCCAGAAUGUAUGGUGCUACUGUUAUUGUGAGAGGCUCCCAGAAUAACACCAGUGCUGUUAAGGAAGGAACAGCGCUGCUCUUGGAACAUCUUGCUGGUAGCCUGGCAAAUGCCAUUCCUGUUAGCACACAACUGGAUAUUGCUGCUCAGCAUCACCUCUUCAUGAUGGGCCGCAACGGAAGCAACAUCAAGCACAUUAUGCAAAGAACAGGUGCUCAGAUUCACUUCCCAGACCCAAAUAACCCUUUAAAGAAGUCCACAGUCUACCUCCAAGGCACCAUCGAGUCAGUUUGUCUUGCCAGACAGUAUCUCAUGGGUUGUCUACCACUUGUCCUGAUGUUUGACAUGAAGGAAGAAAUUGAAGUAGAACCACAAUAUAUUACUCAACUCAUGGAACAACUAGAUGUCUUUAUCAGCAUUAAACCAAAGCCAAAACAGCCAAGUAAAUCUGUUAUCGUAAAAAGUGUGGAACGAAAUGCCUUGAAUAUGUAUGAAGCCAGAAAAUGUCUUCUUGGACUUGACAGCAGUGGUGUGGCCAUUACAAGCCAGUCUACCUUAUCUUGCCCAAUGCCUUACCAUGGACUGGAUAUCUUGACAGCAGGUUUAGGACUUACUGGACUAGGUCUUUUGGGCCCAAAUGCUCUGUCAAUGAAUUCCACAACAGCACAGAAUACUCUGCUGAAUGCACUCAAUAGCACUGUCAGCCCACUGCACAGCCCCAGUUCUGCGGCAACUAGCCCAACACUUUGGGCAGCUUCACUAGCCAACACCUCCAGUGCUCCAGGGUUUUCUGCAAUACCACAUAUGAUGAUGCCAUCUGCUGCACAAGCUACGUUGACUAGCUUUUUGCUGUCUGGAGUGCCAAACUAUGGCCAAAAUACACGAUCUCCUCCACCAGGACUAACACCAGUUGAUGUACAUAUGAAUGGCAUGCACUCUGAAUGCAAGAAACUCACAUCUGCAUUAAAUGGUCACGUGAAACCUUCACACAUGAAAUAUGGCUCAAUACCUACAUCUCUGGGAGAUAAAGUAAUAAACGCACACCUACCUGAGGGGGCUAGGCAAUCUAACAACCGCAGCUCGCCUGUUCAAACAAACUCAAAGUCUGACUCUGAAGGUGGUAACGAUGCCUUUGUGGAAGUAGGGAUGCCAAGAAGUCCAUCCCACUCUGCUAAUACCAAUGAUCUCAAGCAGAUGCUGAGUUCAGCCAAAGUACCCUGUACUAAGAGACAGACAGUGGAAUUGCUACAUGGCACUAAGAACUCUCAUCUACAUAGUAGUGAAAGGUUACUUUCAGAUUCAGAGAUGAGUUCAACAGAUGGCCCAAUGACAGACAAGAAGGCUCCUGGAAGUGAGAGAGCAGCCGAACGAGCUGCCCAGCAGAACUCAGAGAGGGCCUUUGAUUAUGAACAAAAAAAGUUGCUGGCAACAAAAGCAAUGCUGAAGAAACCUGUGGUGACAGAAGUCAGAACUCCAACAAACACCUGGAGUGGUCUGGGAUUCUCCAAGUCCAUGCCUGCAGAGACCAUAAAAGAACUGAGACGUGCAAAUCAUGUCUCAUACAAGCCAACCAUGAGUACGACAUAUGAGGCACCUUCAAUGUCCCUGUCCCGGUCAAACAGUAGGGAACAGCUUGGCGGUGGCAGUGACUCUGAUAACUGGAGGGAAAGGAACGGCAUUGAUUCAUCUCAUAAUGACUACUCGUCAUCUAUUGGCAGCCCUAAGCGAAAACUAAAUAAAUCAGCAGAACAAUACCUUAGCAGCAGCAAUUACAUGGAUUGUAUCUCCUCUCUAACUGGAAGCAAUGGUUGUAACUUAAAUGGUUCCUUCAAAGGUUCUGACCUUCCCGAACUUUUCAGCAAGCUAGGACUGGGGAAAUAUACAGAUAUUUUCCAGCAACAAGAGAUUGAUCUACAGACAUUCCUUACACUGACGGAUCAGGAUUUAAAAGAACUUGGAAUAACGACGUUUGGUGCAAGAAGGAAAAUGUUGCUGGCAAUUUCAGAACUGAACAAAAAUCGAAGGAAGCUGUUUGAGCCAACCAAUAUUCGCUCUUCAUUCCUGGAGGGAGGAGCUAGUGGAAGACUUCCGCGCCAGUAUCACUCAGACAUAGUCAGUGUCAGCGGUCGCUGGUAGCAGUCGGUGACAUGACUUGACAAAAAGUGCAUAGAACAUCAUGGCUGACCUGUGAACCAGCAUUGCCACAUAUAACUUUUUACCAUCAGCACUUUAAUGUCAAGGUACCACGGACCAAAGCAAUGAGAUCACAUGAGUGCCUGAUCUUUUGGACACUUGUUUAUAAUGCCAAAAUGUGGGAUAUAUUUUUCAUUCAUCUAUCUAGACUGGACCGAAUUGCAAUAGGGGUAAAAAGAAAAAAAAAUGAAUGAUUUUAUGUUUUAGUAUUUUAUGUAUAACUUCAUUGUAUGCACUGAAAUUUUUACCUUUAUUGAGUGAAGAAUUAAUCUGAUAUUUGAGGGCAUGACUUAAUGGUUUUAUUGUGAAGGAAUUUUCUAGUAUUCAAUAAUCAAGACGUUUCUGCACUUUACAUGCUCCCCAUAUUGUCUCCUGUGGAAAUUACAUGUCCUCUCCCUUCCAUACAAAACACAAUGAGGUCUGGUUUAUAAAAAAAAAAAUCAAGUUGCUGCAAAUAGCAACACAGUUUCCUGAUUGAUUUUCUUAGUGUAGCUCAGAAAGCUUAAAUCUGAUUUGAUGCAGCAAGCAAGAUCCCUGGUUUUCAUUUCUUCCUGUUUUUAUAAAUCAGACCCAGUUUGUGCUCUCUAAUCAUAGCCUGGUGCAUAUACAGUAGAUACUAUUUCAUCAUCUGUAAGUAUUGUAAAAUAUUUGAACUAUGCAGGUGUUGUGCUGGAAACUGGGAACCAUUUACAGGAAUCUUAUUACUGCUAGAUAAGAUUUUUUUUUUUAUGUUUAAUUCUGUUAUUUAAUAUUUUACAAACGCUUACAAUGAAACAAGUUCACUGUAACAGAUGAAAAUACCAAUGUGGACUUUGUAGUUAGUUUUCAUUUGCACUUCUCCCCAUAACAUCAAAGAAUGAAAAGCAGGAGAUAAAAUAUGCAAGAGAUUACCUUUAUUUAUAUAAAGUACAUGGUUAUAUCCAUCUCCUUAUCUACAAGCUGGUUAAUUUUUCUGUCAUUCUAAGAUUUAGGAUUUAGUACUUCAUAGGCCUCAAAUAUUAUCAACAAUACAAGCAGCUGUGCCGGUUGACAUGUUAGUUGUAUGUUGGGGAUAAAUACUUUUUACGUAUUCAUAGUCGAGGAUGAAUUCUGUUCAUUGAGAUAUAAAAUCAUGUAUCAGAUGCAUCUGUUAUAGUUAACGUUAUACUGUGAAAAAUAAGUAUGAAGUGUUUAAGUUAUGCUAAAUGCCACAAUGGGAGGAUAUGAAGACAUGCAUAGGGCAGUCUGGUUACCAUGUUGACUGUGUUUUCUGAAAUGUAAGCACUUUGUGAACCACAUAUAAUAUGCUUUGCGAGCAUUGAGGUACGCUGUGCGUUCCUGACUUCAUAGUGUACUAAGCAUACAGUGAACUAGAGAUAAAUUAAACAUUGCAUUGUCUACAUUAAGAUAACCAUAUGUUGAACACAGCCAUAUGGUAACAAAACUGACGCACAUGUAUGUAUGUAUGUUCCCAGAAGACUUGGCUACACAAGCACAUUUUGGUUGCGCUAUUGUAAAUUGUUAAAGGAAGGCUUACAGCAUACGCUACACAGGAGCGAAGACCUUCAAUAAUUCUGCACAAGCAUACAGUAAAACAAGUAUGUUAAAUUUCUGAUUGCAAUACCUGCGUAGCUUGAUUCCUAUGAAUUAUUCAUAGCAUUUGAGCAGAGCCUUUUUCCAACUGCACAGUGGCGCUACUGAAAAACUCUCAUGUAGCCAUGUUUUAAAGGUGUGACUUGAACCUUCGACGAUAUCAUGUGUUGCCUGUUUUUUUUUUUUUUUUCUUUUUCUUUUUUUUCUCUGUCUCUGAUUACUUUUCCAUAUUUCUAACUAUAGAUUUGCAUGUACUCUAAAAUUUGCUUCUGAAGACUAGUCACCUGUCUUGUUUACAACUAGGAAAUUAAUAAAGCACAGCAGGGCUGAUGUAUAGAAAUUGGAGGAAAGGAUAGGCGUUCAUGUUAACCAAUCAGGAUAAAAUAAAACGAUGGUUAAAACUGCUUUGGUUGAUGUGGGCAGCACCUCCAGUUUCACUUGUACUUUAAAUAUUAGUAUCCAAGCAUACAACAGCAGGGAGACCUUCUAUUCGGACAGGUGCCUCAUCUAUGUCACCAUAGGAGCCUGAAAGCAUGGCACGGUGAAUGGCUAUUCUUUAAUGCUCAUUAAACUUUUUGCUUUCCUGGGUAAAUUGCCACACAGCUUUUUGCACACAAAGGGAAUGAUUGUUUUUGAGGUAUCUUUAUUAAUAAAUAUAUAUGUUUUCGCUGCACCAAUUUAUAUUUGUGGACAUAAACAAUGCAGCUCUAGAAUAGAUAUAUUGAUUUGUAAUAAUUCACUAUUGUUUGAAUGGUGGUUUGGGAGCUUUGCACACUAUAUUGAUAAACCACUUUUUUUUUACUUUUUAUGGAUUUGUGGUGUUACGUACUAGUAAAACAUUUAAUGCCACAUGAUUUUCUUAUUUGAACCCCACUUUUUUAAAUACACCUAGGGUACUACAACUUUUAUAUCAUUUUUGUAUUUGUUUCCUUCUAUGUAGUAUGUUUUAGAUUGUGUUUGACUUGUUUUGAUUAUAGAUUUAAAUGACAGGGUGUGGCACAGGUUUUUUUUAAUCAUCACAAAGGUACUGCAAGAGUAAUCAGAAGACUUUAUAUGUAAUAUAAAAAUACAUAUUCUAAAGAAUCUUUCUCUUUUUUUUUUUUUUUUUUUUUUAUAUACGGUAUAUCUUAUAACAGGAUGACACAAAAUGACAGUAGUGUUAGUCAGUGCAUUGCACACACAAAUGAAGUUGAUAAAUUCCAAUAUUUGUUACUUUUACAUUGUGCCUUGAGAGUGACAAGUUAUCUGUAAAUGUAGAGCAGAUACAGAUUGUAUUUCAUUUCGGGGGCAAAAACUUUUUUUUUUUUUAAUUAAAAUGUUGAAUGAGACCAUUAAAUGGAAUUUUAACUAAUCGUGUUUAUGUUCAAGAAAAUAAAUUUAUAACCCCCAA